CUGCAACUCGACAAAUCAAUCAGCUUUUACUCUCUCAUAGAAUAAAAAUAUUCAUUUUUAAUGUGUUCGUGUAUCUAUCUAGCUAGCUCUGUAUUAGAGUCAAAUUAACAAAGAGCAUAGAUAGAUAGAGAGAGAGAGAGGAAAAGGAAGAAAUGGAGGAAGUGUUUUUGGUUCUGGCUAUGAAAUUAGCUUCUUCACUUGCUCUUGUGGGCAUUUUCAGCUGGAUACUUUAUUCUUAUGGAAAUCUUUGGUAUAACUCUCAAAGGGUUAGAAGGAAGCUACGAAUGCAAGGUAUUAGAGGGCCUCCAUCUUCUUCUUUUCUACAUGGGAAUCUACCUGAUAUGCACAGAAUCAAAUCACAACCUAUAAUCUUCAAACCUAAUGAUCAGUUUUUAGCACACGAUUACUCUGCUGCUCUGUUUCCAUAUUUUCAACACUGGAGGAAACAAUACGGUCUAGUGUACACUUACUCUACAGGGAUGAAGCAACACCUAUAUGUGAACGAACCGGAUCUAGUGAAAGAAAUGAACCAGUGUAUCACUUUGGAUUUGGGUAAGCCUUCUUAUAUAACAAACAAACUUGCACCAAUGCUUGGCAAUGGCAUUUUGAGAGCCAAUGGUCAUAGUUGGGCGCAACAGAGGAAACUUGUUGCAGCUGAGUUCUUCAUGGACAAAGUUAAGGGUAUGGUGGGGCUUAUGAUAGAGUCAGCACAACCUUUACUACUAAAGUGGGAGCAAAUUAUUGAGGAGCAAGGUGGUGCUACAGCUGAAGUUAAAGUUGAUGCUGAUUUGAGGAGCUUUUCAGCUGAUGUUAUUUCAAGGGUUUGUUUUGGACAUUCUUAUUCCAAGGGAAAGGAAGUUUUCUCAAAGCUUAGAACCAUCCAGAAGAUCAUGUCCAAACAUGGCUUCCUUUUCGGCCAGACCGGUUUCCUGGAGAAGCUGAAAUUUCGGACAAAGAAGCAAAAAGAGAUAAGAAAUUUGGAGAAAGAGAUAGAGUCACUGAUCUGGGAGUUAGUGGAGGAACGGAAGCGAGAUUGCUCAUCAGAGACAUCAUCGUCAGAAAAGGAUCUGAUGCAGUUACUGCUGGAAGCUGCCACGAGUGAUCAAAGUCUAGGGAAUGACUUCUCCAAACAAUUCAUUGUGGAUAACUGCAAAAACAUAUACUUUGCUGGUCAUGAAACUACUGCUGUUGCAGCUUCUUGGUGUUUGAUGCUUCUUGCUUUAUACCCUGAAUGGCAAAAUCGUAUAAGGACAGAGGUAGCUCAACAUUGUCCUAAUGGUAUACCAGAUGCAGAUUCUCUCCCUCUUUUGAAAACGGUAAACAUGGUGAUUCAAGAAGUGCUGCGUUUAUACCCACCAGCAGCCUUUGUGUCAAGGGAGGCAUAUGAAGACAUCCAAAUUGGAAACCUGAAUGUUCCAAAAGGUGUUUGCUUAUGGACUUUAAUCCCAACACUGCACAGAGAGCCUGAAAUUUGGGGACCAGAUUGCAAUGAGUUUAAACCAGAAAGAUUCAGUGAGGGUGUCUCUAAAGCUUGCAAGUUUCCACAAGCGUAUGUUCCAUUUGGAGUGGGUACUCGCUUGUGUGUGGGGAAGAACUUUGCAAUGGUUGAACUAAAGGUUGUGCUAGCCCUUAUUGUUUCCAAGUUCAGCUUCUCUCUAUCUCCUAGUUAUAAGCAUUCUCCUGCAUACAAUAUGAUUGUAGAGCCAGGACAUGGUGUAUAUCUUCUCAUUCAGAAGAACAACUGAUUGAUGAAACGACUUCAUCGACUUAAUUUAACAUGCAAUUAAGCAUUUGAUUUCUUUUGACUAUGUUUGUUUACAUGUUUAUGUUUAAUUAA